AUGGAAGCAGGAGAAGAUAAUAAUUUAGUUUUAUUUGACCCACCAUUAUGGAGACAAAGACGAAGAUUUGUCGUUGAAACUUUACAAAAUAAUGAAAUUACUUCGGUAUUUGAUUUUGGAUGUGGAGAGGGAGCACUUUUAUCUUUUCUUAUCCAACCUUCUGAAAAGGCACCAAUUACGCAACUUGCUGGCGUUGAUAUAAGUCAUGAAACGCUUAAAACAACCGUGAUGGAUUGUUCUCCUUGGAGAUAUGAUCACGAAUUCUUGAGGCUUACUCCAUUAACUGUAGAUAUAUAUCAAGGAAGCAUCGAUGUGGCAGAUCAAAGAUUACUUGGUUUUGAUGCAUUAAUUUGUAUGGAAGUAAUAGAACAUGUUGAUCCACCCGUGUUAAAUAAAUUCUUUGAUAUAGUAUUUGGUACUUAUAAACCUAAGAUUGUAAUAAUUUCGACACCUAACGUAGAAUUCAAUGUCUACUUUCCACAAUUAAAAUAUGGAACACCUGAAGCUACGUUAAGAAUCGAAGAUCAUCGUUUUGAAUGGACAAGGCGUGAAUUUCAAGAAUGGGCAAAUUCUGGAGCAGAAAAAUAUAAUUAUUCUGUAGAAUUUACAGGAGUUGGAACGAUCAAAGAUGGUGAUCCAGCCAUAGGAACCGCCACACAAAUUGCAAUUUUUCGAGAUUUAAAUCCAUCAUCAAAGCCAUUGUUUGCGACAUUUGGAGAGUAUAAUCUCGUCAAGACAAUCGAAUUUCCUUAUUAUAAUGAGCCAGAAAAAAGUACCGAAGAAAUCCUUUCAAGACUUCAUUAUUAUUUACAAUUUCUAUGCAAUAGAGUGUUAGAUGGUUAUACGAAUGAUGAUGCUGAUGAUAAACGUACACGACGAGAGAAAUUUGAAUCAAAUCGUAUUAGAGUUGAAGAGAUUUGGGAUAUUCAUGAAAUGAGACAACUUUGCCAAACUCAAAAUAAAUUACUUGAUGUAUUGAGAUCAAGCCCAGACUUUACAUUAAUGAAUAACAAUGAAGAAAUGAUUGUACAUAGGGAAUAUCCGUUAAAUACCAAAGUUAAUGAUGAUGAGGAUCCAAAUUGGGAUACAACACCCGUUGCGACAAAUGAAUGGCAAAUUUCUAAUAAUGGAUGGAAUUGUGAAGACAGUGAAGAAGAUAAAGGUUGGGGGUGA